CUGCCAUUCACUCACCUUUUUCUUUUCUCUUCUUCUUCUUUUCUCAGAUUUGACAGUUUCCGGUCGCAAUGUCUGGUGCUGCCGGUCCUUCAAGCGCCGGCCCGGGCAGUCCGAGCGGCUCGGUUGCCCCGAUCGCCAGCACCAGCAUGUCCAGCACUGGUUCUACUCCGAGUGGCAGCAGCAACGCGGGCACUGCUGCUGCAGCUGCAGUAGGAGCGACUGCUGCCAAUCCCAAUGCUGCUGGGCUGCUUGCCAUCCAGUCGCAGUUUGCGUCGCUCUCCCACGACGAGCUCGUGUCGCGCCUCGCCAAUCUCAUGCAGCAGUUUGCAAAGGCCAACAGUGCCAACGCCGUCCUCAAGAAGGUCGUGCUGACGGAGCAGGCGAACGUAGCGGCACUCAGCGACGAGCUCCACAGCAAGGACCAAAGCACCAGAAAGCUCAUCGAAGACGUCGACACGCUCACCUUCCACAAUGCGCAUCUCACCAAGAAAGUCGAGGUGCUGCAGGCCGAGCUCGAAGCGCCCGCUGGACGCGAGAGAUCCAACUCGAAGAACGCCACGCCGCACACCUUGCAGUCCCUGCACGUGACGGAAGAAGAGCUGAGCUCGAAGAUUCGCGAAAACGAGGAAUUGCACAUCAAAAUGUUUGAAAUGACGCGGCAACACAAGGAUGCCCAGGAUGCGACCGCACAAGAAAUGCACAAACUCGUGCAGCAAGCCAAGGCACACGACGACAUUGUGACUGGCCUGAAAAAAUCGCAAACGUUGAUUGUGGAACGCUUGACUGAGGAGAAGGCCCUCGCGCAGAACACGAACGAAUCGCUGCGGCGAGAAAACGAGCGCCAGUCGAGCGAGUGUGCUCAAACCAAGCGCAGUCUUGCUGAAACGGAAGCACGCCUCAAACGACAAGCAGAGCAGCAAACCACCGCCGUGCUCGAACGCACCAAAUUUGACGAUCUGCAGCUCCCUCACCUUGCCGCGCUGAAUAUCGCUCCCUACGACCGCGAACUCGUUGGAGCGGUGCGACAGGCAUGCACUUCUCUCGUCCCGCUCGUUCGCGAGCAUGCCAUCGUGUUUGGCGAGCUUUGCCAACAACUUGACAAGCGCGUGCUCCUCUUCCCCUCCGACGGGCAGCACGCCUCAUUUCCGGUCACGUUCGCCGCACUGAAUUGCAGUCGCGCAGUGGCACGGCGAACUACAGUCCUUUCGCUGCUCGAUGCCGCUCUGUCUACCUUGCAGCAGGCGUUGGAUGCGAUUCUGACGCCUUCCGACAGCCUUGGCGGACCCAAUCGUGCCAGCACGAGCGUCACGCUCGCAGAAGCCGCGCGCCAAGUGAGUGUUGCCAUCCAUGGGUUGGCAACCCUCGUUGGGAACGUUGCGCGCCAUUUUUCCGCCGUUCUCGUCGAGGAAACCAAGCUGUUCGAUCCCACUUUUGUGGCCUCCUCACCAUCGCUAGCCACAUCAACCAUGUCGGCUUCGGGGGUCGUGUCGUUGGGUGCGCGCAAUCGGCACUUGACAACCUCGCUGCGACAAUUGACAGCCCUGUACGAAAAGAUUGCCAGCUAUGUUUCCCUGUACGCCCGUUGCUUGGAUCCCUUCUUUGGUCAGCCGAGCACGAGCAGCAGCCAUGAAGGCACUGCCAGCAGUGUCACGACGACCACCACAGCGGCAAAACCGGCCAGCAACGCACAGCAGCGCCCUUCGACCACCAUCGGAAACCAGGCGUUUGCCGUCGGCCAACUCAUCGAAACUAUGCAACAGAUUCAGCAACAGUUCAAAGUCAUCACGACACAAUACAUCAGCAAAGCGUCCCUUGAACAGGGCAGCGCUGCAGCUGCAUUUGUCGAAGUUGGGAGCGCGUCGAGCGAUUCGCUCAAACAACUCAAACUGCUGAAUGACGGCAUCACCUCGAGUCUUACGGGCCUGGUCAACUGCUCGGGCAAGUUUGCCAGUCUUCUUGCUGAAAAGAAUGUCGUGCUUUCCUUGGACACGCAUUCCACCAGCAGCCGAGCCCCGCCGCCGCCGCUGCUGCCUGGUGCGCCCACUCAAGUCGCCUCGCUUUCCUUCCUGUCACCCGCAUCACUGGCUUUGGCGACGCCUGCCUCGUCCGCGAGCUGUACCACCACGACUCCGCUCUCCUCGGCACUUCUUUCCUCGUUCGAGCAGCGCUCCCGUGCCUACAUGCAAACGCUCCUGGCUCAACCAGAAGCCGACUCUGUCCCGUAUCCGUUGGCGAUCGCAAACAAGCGCAUCGUGGACAUUUCGGCGAGCAGCAAGGACGCGUUGGUGUUGCAAGUGUCCAAUGCGCAAGAGAGGACAAUGCAGCUGGAGCAGGACAAGGAGCAGUUCAUGCUCGAUGCCCAACUGACGGCCAGUGCGCUUGCCCAGGAGAAGGAACGAACCCGACAGCUGGAAGAGAUGGUGCAGUCUCUUCAAGCAGAGUUGCUUCGGCAGCAGCUCAACCCGAACAAGCCGCAAGCCAACAACGAAGCCCCAACGACGGUCCUGGUUACGGCCGCAUUGGCCAGCCAAGGUGCCGUCCUCUCCACUUCUUCGUCCAUGACCUCCUCCUCCCAGCAUGAUUCGUCAAGCGUUGUCCCAGCCGCCUUCGAUGGCGACGACUUUGGUGAAAUGAUUUCCGCCGUGCCUUCGCGGCUGCAGACCGCUCGAGCCGGCGACCGAGGCUCGGUGCUUUCUGAAUCGCUCGACCUCACUCCAAACAUGUCGGAUGACAAUCUGGCUCGCCAGGCCUCGCAAGUCUCCGCCCGCUCGUCUGCCGUGUCUCCGACCCCAGGCCACGCUGCAAAUGACACCCGCACGCGCGUUCGACGUGUUGUUUUUGCCACUGUCGACGCUUCUGGCAACAAAAAGGCUAGUGAAAAGCUGUCGUUCACGGCCGACGAUGCUGCCCGAGAAGAUUUGAUCAAGAAGCACUUUGCUACCCGCAUAGCCCAGUUGACUGAACAGUUACAACUCGCCGAUAGUAAAGCAGCUGCCUUUCACAUUGAGUGUAGGGCAUUGGCUCGCCGCAUCGAUGUUGGCGAAGCGGAAAAGGCCUCGAUUCAACAGGAAUUGGAGGCUGCGAAUGGCGCAGUCAACCGGCUCAAGGACGAGCUUGCCACCACCGAGCGAAGCUAUGCGCAGCAAAUUCAGCUCAUGACAGAGCACAUUGCCACCAUGAAUGAGCAACUAUCGCAAAAAGACGACCAGAUUGAGGCGUACCGACGCCGCCAACAGCAAGCCCUGCAACAGCAACAACAACAACAGCGGCGCAAGUAGUAGUGUUUUUUUGUUUUUGUUGGCACACGGUCUGGAGUUGUUCGUUCUGAAUACACCCUUGCUUGUUGUGGUUGUGGAUAUUAUUCUCUUUUAUAAAAAAAAAACAAACAGUUUGCC